AUGGCAAACACGGCUCUGCUGGAGCGAGAAUAUGCGCUACCACCGAUGGGCGAGCUGUGCUUAGCGACCGCAAGCAGCGGCGGCGCUGCAACCGUUACGCUUCUUGCUCAAGUGGAAGAUGGCGGCGAGGAACCGCGUGCCGAGAUAUUCGGGACGGAGUUAUCGACAGGCGUAGUUGUCCAUCUCCCGGUGGCUCGUUCUCUCGCUGUCUUCUCCCCUACAGGCUGCCGAUUGGUGCUUACAGCAUCCUCCGCUGUUCACCAGAUAUGUUACGGAACGACAUGCAAUGCUACACGGGCACGCUCAGUUGCAGACAUUCAUACUCACUUGGAGGUGCAGCGUGUGAAGGCGCGACGAACCGGCGCAGACGGGAUAGGGCCACAUGUACUCUUCGUGGCUGAGCGCCGCGCUGUUGGCACAAGCACGUACGUCCGUACUUUGAUCAACUACGCUGUCCGUUUGGGCUACCACCCUCUGCUUCUAGAUGCCUCGGUGGAGGCCCCACGGUUUGGUUACCCUGGAGUAGUCUCUCUGUACGCGAUGCAGUAUACUAUAGACAUCGAAAACGAGAUGGCAUUUGUCCCUGGCUUACACUCCCAUCAAGGGACAAAAAAACAUGAGGACCCGGCCCUCUUUUUGCACAUCUUACGUCAAAUGAUGCGCUUGAGUACAGAGCGUAUGGCACGAAGUGACCGGUGCCGUGUGGGCGGGAUUUUCGUCGACUAUGGAACUAUCAGUCGCGCAGUGGUGGAGGAUGCGGAGGCUUGGGAAUGCGCCGAGGAGAAACCGGAAGGACGUCCCAAAGUAAACCCACUAGAUGUGCUUGUGAGUACAAUACUUGCCGCAGGUAUCGAUCACGUUUUUGUUGUUGGCAGCUCCUGGUUACGGUUUAAGAUAGCACAGCGGCUGCAUCAAGAGAGCGGUGCACAAUCGGAAAUCCCCCAAAUAACUCCAUCUACCAUAACGUGCAGUAACGGGCUGAAGGUACAGCUUUUUCUAUUGGAUUCCACUGAAUGCGGGGCGGUGCCGGACGAUGCAUUUUUUAACCGCCAGUGCUGGUUACAAUAUUUCUUCGGCAGCCGCACAAUGGCAGUGAAGCCCACACUCUUUACAGUGGAUGCUUCUCUCAUUCGUCUUGUGACAAUUGGAAGAGGUGACACAAGUGGAACUUCCACUUUCAUGCCCAUGAUAGACGAUGAUUCAGACCAUCAAGAUCCCACAGUUUCCGGACAAGCGGACGUAGCGCUAACGUACGUGCACCCACAAGAUGUUGACAUCAAAAAUCGUGUGCUGGCGUUGAGCACAGCGACUGAGCAAGAGGAGCUACCGGAUGGCACACUGCAGCGCAUUCCAUUCGCCGUAUUUGAGUCCCGACUGAAGCGUGGGUUGUUGAUGGGCUUCGCGUUAGUUGAGUCAGUGACAGCAGGAAGUGUUACCUUACUGACAAAUGCUGCUGGCAUUCGAAAAGACAUCGGUUUGUGUUUUAUUGUCACUGAUCAACAACUCAUGGCACAGGCAGAUGUGGAACCCCCUACGUGA